CCUAGUGUUCGCACAUUUGAUAGUGCUCCUUAUUUCGAUCUCUUAUGACGAUGGGUGACAUGAUAUAUGAGGAACUGGAAGAUUUGAUGCAUUUUUCUGUCCACGAUUUGCCAGGUCGGGGAUAUUCUGUUAUGGAGGAGAUAAGAAGACAAGGGAAACUAUGCGAUGUCACCCUUAAGAUUGGAGACCACAAGUUCAGCGCCCACCGGAUUGUGCUUGCUGCUUCCAUCCCAUACUUUCAUGCUAUGUUCACCAAUGACAUGGUAGAGUGCAAGCAAGAUGAGAUUGUCAUGCAAGGAAUGGACCCUAGUGCCCUAGAAGCUCUAAUCAACUUUGCAUAUAAUGGCCAUGUAGCCAUUGACCAGCAGAAUGUCCAAGUCCUCCUGAUUGGAGCCAGCUUCCUGCAGCUCCAAAAUGUUAAGGAUGCUUGCUGCUCUUUCCUACAAGAGAGACUUCAUCCCAAAAACUGUCUUGGAGUACGGCAAUUCGCAGAAACCAUGAUGUGCACCACACUGUAUGACACAGCCAACAGUUUUGUUCACCAGCAUUUUGUGGACGUGUCCAUGUCAGAGGAGUUCCUUUGUCUCCGGCCAGAGGAACUGUUGGAGUUGGUAGGCUGUGACGAGCUGAAUAUCAAAGCAGAGGAGCAGGUGUUUGAAGCCGUUCUAGCAUGGGUACGUCAUGAAUGUGUGGAGAGGGGAUCUCUGUUGCCAGAACUGCUCUCCAAGACCCGGCUGCCUCUUUGUCGACCCCAGUUCCUGGCUGACCGGGUCCAGCAAGAUGAGUUGGUGCGCUCCUGCCACAAAUGCAGGGAUCUUGUUGAUGAGGCAAAAGAUUUUCACCUCAUGCCAGAUCGGCGACCUCAUCUUGCAGCCUUUAAGACACGGCAAAGAUGCUGCACCUCUAUUGCAGGGUUAAUUUAUGCUGUAGGCGGACUCAAUACUGCAGGUGAUUCAUUGAAUGUAGUUGAAGUGUUUGACCCAAUUGGAAAUUGCUGGGAAAGAUGUCAGCCAAUGAAAACGUCACGAAGUCGAGUAGGUGUAGCAGUUGUGAACGGCUUGCUUUAUGCCAUUGGAGGAUACGAUGGUCAGUCUCGGCUGAGCACUGUGGAGGUUUACAACCCAGAAACGGACACCUGGACACGUGUUGCCAGCAUGAACAGCCAACGAAGUGCAAUGGGAACAGUUGUUGUGGAUGGUCAUAUAUAUGUCUGCGGAGGCUAUGAUGGUAAAUCUUCUCUCAACUCUGUGGAGUUCUACUCUCCAGAAACAGACAGGUGGACAGUAGUAACAGAGAUGAAUGCCAGUCGCAGUGCAGCAGGGGUGACAGUCUUCGAUGGAAGGAUUUUUGUAUCCGGAGGACAUGAUGGUUUACAAAUCUUCAACACGGUGGAAUUCUACAACCAUCACACAGCUCUUUGGCACCCUGUGGCUGGGAUGAUGAACAAGCGCUGUCGUCAUGGGGCCGCUGCCCUGGGAAGCCACCUAUACGUGGCAGGAGGUUACGACGGCUCCGGUUUCCUGAGUGGGGCAGAGGUGUACAGUUCUGUGGCAGACCAAUGGAGCCACUUGGUGUCCAUGAACACACGGCGCAGUCGAGUCUCAUUGGUGGCCAACUGUGGAAGACUUUACGCAGUUGGUGGUUACGAUGGACAGUCAAAUCUGAGUUCAAUAGAGAUGUAUGACCCUGAAUCUAACCGUUGGACUUUCAUGGCACCCAUGGUUAGUCAUGAGGGUGGGGUAGGGGUGGGUUGUAUACCCCUUCAGCCUGCCUAACCCAGCAAUCCACCGAAAUAAGCCUGUAGUUUUAUUUUUGACUGGGUUAAAAAAAAAAGAA